GGUCCACGCCAUAAGCAUCAUUCAUCUCAGUUCAAAAACCCUAAACGAAACGAAAACGCUCCGUUUUCAAAUUUCGAACUUGGCGCUUCUCUUCCUCCUUCAUCAUCAUCUCCAAUUCCGAUCCCAAAUUCCACAGAACCACCAACAAUGGGUGCCACUCAGAGUCGCGACGAUUUGCUCGAAUCCUCCGAUUCCGAUCGCGAAGAAGCAGAAGACGCAAACUACCAAGACGCCGCCAGCGACGAUUCAGAACGGCGAGUCAAAACGCCACCGUCGCUCGAUGAUGUCGAGGCCAAGCUCAAGGCCCUCAAGCUCAAAUACGCUUCUUCUUCAUCUUCCUCCGCUGCUUUGGCCCCCAACGCUGUCAAGCUCUACCUCCAUAUCGGUGGAAACACCCCCAAUGCCAAGUGGGUAACCUCCGACAAACUCACUUCGUACAAUUUCGUCAAGACCCACCGGAUCGACGGUGACUCUGCGGAAGAGGAUGAGGAAGAAGAAGAAGAGGAGGAGGAUGAGGAGGAAGAAUCUUGGUGGGUUUUGAAGGUGGGAUCCAAGGUUCGGUCCAAGGUGGGAUUGGAUAUGCAAUUGAAGACGUUCUCCGAUCAGCGGCGCGUGGAUUUCGUCGCGCGUGGCGUCUGGGCUAUGAAAUUCUUCACGGAGCAAGACUACAGUGCCUUCGUGGUUCAGUUUCAGAACUGCUUGUUUGAGAAUACGCACGGCGUUGAGGCCACGGAGGAGAACAGGCUCAAGGUUUACGGCAAGGAUUUCAUUGGGUGGGCGAAUCCUGAAGCUGCUGAUGAUUCCAUGUGGGAGGACGCGGAGGAUAGGUUCUCUAAAAGCCCCGGUUCCGCCACGCCGGUUCGGCCGAGUCAGGAUCUCCGGGAGGAGUUUGAGGAAGCUGCGAAUGGUGGGAUUCAGAGCAUUGCGCUUGGUGCUUUGGACAACAGUUUCUUGGUGGGUGAAAAUGGUAUUCAGGUUGUGAAGAAUUUUGCACAUGGGAUUCAUGGGAAGGGUGCUUUUGUGAAUUUUCGUGAUGGGUACCAGAAUGAGUCAUCGUCGCAUUGUACCCCCAAGAAGACGCUUCUGAUGAAAGCGGAGACGAACAUGCUUCUGAUGAGUCCUGCCGGUGAGGGUAAGCUUCAUUCAAUGGGGCUUCACCAGCUUGAUAUUGAGACUGGGAAGGUUGUGACUGAGUGGAAGUUUGGGAAGGAUGGAACUGAGAUUACGAUGAGGGAUAUCGCGAAUGAUAGCAAAGGUGCUCAGUUGGAUCCUUCAGGAUCAACUUUCUUAGGGUUGGAUGAUAACAGGCUUUGUAGGUGGGACAUGCGUGAUCGCAAUGGGAUGGUUCAGAAUAUUGCGAAUUCGAACACUCCUGUGUUGAAUUGGGCACAAGGGCAUCAGUUUUCGAGGGGGACUAGCUUUCAAUGCUUUGCCACUACUGGUGAUGGUUCCAUUGUUGUUGGGUCUCUUGAUGGGAAGAUUCGUCUCUAUUCAAUCAACUCCAUGAGGCAGGCAAAGACAGCUUUUCCUGGCCUCGGAUCGCCUGUUACUCACGUGGAUGUUACCUUUGAUGGCAAGUGGAUUGUGGGCACAACGGAUUCCUACUUGAUUGUUAUUUGUACCAUGUUUACUGACAAAGAUGGUAAGUUUAAAACUGGUUUCGCUGGACGAAUGGGAAACAAGAUUGCUGCUCCAAGGUUGCUCAAGCUCAACCCUCUGGAUUCACAUUUAGCUGGAGUAAAUAACAAAUUCCGCAAUGCUCAGUUUUCUUGGGUCACGGAGAAUGGAAGGCAGGAGCGACAUAUAGUAGCUACAGUGGGAAAGUUCAGUGUGAUAUGGAACUUCCAGCAAGUCAAGGACGGUUCUCAUGAUUGUUACCAUAACCAACAGGGUCUAAAGAGCUGCUACUGCUACAAAAUAGUCCUUAGGGAUGAUUCCAUUGUUGAAAGCCGAUUUAUGCACGACAAGUUUGCAGUCAGUGAUUCUCCUGAGGCUCCAUUGGUAAUAGCCACCCCACUGAAAGUUAGCUCAUUCAGCAUGUCCAGCAGGAGAUGAUAAUCUGGACUCAGCAAUUGACCUAAUGACAGCUCUUUUGUCAUAAUUAAGGGCAUUUUAGAUGUUACAUUUUAAAACUUUUCAAUUGUAUGUACUAUGUAAGAUGUUUAACGUGUAGUUGAAGGAGAAAUCACUGAUGAAUUAUGAUUGUCAAAUUGUACUUCUAUAUUCAGCUUUCCUUUUUUUUUUUUGGUGUAAGACAGGUUAAGACAAUGUUAAUUUGUCCCAAAAUUCUAUAAUUUUCAUUUGAA